AUGGGCCAGUACCUCUGUGGCUCGAUCCUACAACCCCAAAAGCCAGAUCACCACGAACGUGGGUUAACCUGGAUAAUUCUCUCAGGUCUCCGUACUCGAGGUUUAAUACCAAGAACCAUCAGAAAUAUGCUCCUCCCCGGUUGGGGAAGCGGAUUGUGCUUUGACAAAGUGGGGGAUAUCCUUCAAUUCGAUCCUGACGAUCCUAGGAGUCUUAUCAAUGAGUUGCGAAGUAGAGAGCUAGCGGGAAUCGUAGUAUGGUUCCUGCCGUUAUGUUUCCUCCGUCCAGGUCGGUUAUAUUUAAUCGAUGAAGACGAUAUGCCUCCAAGCAUCCUGCGGGAAGCAUUUUGGUGCGCCGCUGUCUAUCCCUCCAACGAGCCUCAAAAAGUGGCGCUCCGUGUUGGCAGUGAAAACCUGCGAAAAGUGCUGGAGCACCCUAAUUUUGGUGCGGACGAUUGGGACUAUUCUCCCCGCGUCUGA